GUCAAGGCGGAAGACCGGAGAGAAACAGAGAGAACAAUUGAGGCCAGGGAGGAAAGACAGGAGGACUGAAGGAAGAGAGGUGUGAGUAAGGAGACCACGAGGAGGGGAAAGAGGAGUAGGAGGAGGAGUCACACCGAGUCACCCAUGUAAGGAAGGGACGUAUAAAGAGUGAGCGGUGGGAAAAGAAAGCAGUACGAACACAGACGUCAAGCACCACCACCACCACCACCACUGCCACCAUGGACACAGCGAGCGGCCACAAGAUGGUACGCCUAGAGGGGGAGGACUUGGCGCGGCAGGAGAGAGACUUCAAGGGCUACACGGAGGGAAUGGUUCGUCUCACCCCCGGCAGGUGGCUCUUCCCGGCCCCCUUCGAGAAGUAUGCUGACAAGUACUAUAAGUUUGAGCUGAAGCCGAAUGACGUGGUGCUGCUUACGUACCCGAAGUGUGGCACCACAUGGCUGCAGGAGGUGGUGUGGACCAUGAGGAACAACCCCGACCUGGACAACCCCAUGGCCAAUAUGCCCGUCAAUGCCAGGGUGCCCUUCCUUGAGAUGGAUAGCCUCCUCACGAGCAAGAACCUGCCACCAGUCACUGAGGACCACCCCCUCAUGCAAGGAUUCAAGAAGAUGUGUCCAGGACGUGACCCAAAGGAUGGUGUUUUCCUGCAGAUCUCUGAGUUAGCACCCUCCCCAAGGACGAUAAAGUCUCACCUCCCACUCUCCCUGCUGCCUCAAAACCUUCUCACCACCAGCAAGGCAGUGUACAUGGCCCGGAACCCCAAAGAUGCUGUGCUUUCCUUCUACCACCACUGCCGCAUCUUCAAGAACCACGGAUAUGAGGGCAGCUUUGAGCAAUUUGUGCAGUACUUCCUGGAUGAUGACUUCAUCUACGGUCCCUACUGGCUGCACCUGAAGGAGGCAUUAGGACAGCGUGACAACUCUAACCUGCAUGUCAUGUUCUUCGAGGACCUGAAGCAGAACACACUCCAUGAACUCAAGCGGCUCAAUGACUUCCUGGGGACUAAGUUAACUGAGGAUCAGCUAAAAGGAGUGGCUCAUUACACCAGCUUCCCGGAGAUGAAGGCACGUGAUGGACUUCUUGGCAAUGGUGGAGACAUCUUUUUCAAUCUUGAUAUUGUGAAGAAAGAUGGAGGCUUCUUCAGAAAAGGAACGAUUGGUGACUGGAAGGGCAAGUACACACCGGAGCUGGAUGCCAAGAUGGACCAAUGGAUCAAGAUCAACCUGGCUGACCUUGACAUCCAGUUCAAAUAUUGAUCAUGUGUGAUGCCCAACAUGCAAAAAUAUAUAUUCCCCAUGUUUGGUCUUGAUAUUUAGAGGCAGGUUAUAUGUAAGCCUAUGACUCUUCCUUCAUGUGUUACUUUACAUCAUUCUGUCUUCCAGCUAUGGGUGUUUUUUCUUUUCCUUCUCUCUUUCACUCUUACUAGUUAGUCACCAAAAUAUACUGAAGGAAAUAAGAUAAUAUAUAUAUAUUAACACUUGAAACAAUAUUUUCACCUUUUUUUCAUAUUAAUUUUCACAACUAUUUAAAUUAGAUUGUAUUUAUGACUGAUUGUGUUGCUUCUUACCAAAGUUUUAUUUAGAAGUGUGUUCUCUUCAGUUCAAAAAAUAAACAUA